AUGAACUACCGCUUCCAGAACCUCCUCGGCGCGCCGUACCGCGGCGGCGAUGCCGUCUUCGCGGGAGACUCGCCCGUUCUCCUCUCCGCUGUCGGGAACCGCGUGGCCUCAACCGACCUCGCCGCCUCCUCGUCCCUCACCCUCCCCUUCGAGUCCUCGUCCAACGUCACCCGCCUGGCCGCCUCCCCCUCGGGCGACUUCCUCCUCGCGGCCGAUGACAACGGCCGCGCGUUCUAUGCCAACCUCCGCCGCCGCGCCGUCCUCCACCGCGUCUCCUUCAAGGGCGCGCCGUCAGCUAUCCGCUUCAGCCCCGACGGUCAGCUCAUCGCCGUGGCCGUCGGGAAGGUCGUACAGAUCUGGCGCUCGCCGGGCUUCCGCAGGGAGUUCUUCCCCUUCCACCUCCUCCGCACCUUCCCGGGCUUCGCCGCUGGCGUGACAGCAUUCGAUUGGUCCCCGGACUCUGCGUUCCUCCUCGCGUCCUGCAAGGACCUGACAGCUCGGCUCUUGCCUGUCAAGAAGGGACUAGGAGGCAAGCCCUUCCUCUUCCUUGGCCAUCGCGCGGCUGUCGUAGGUGCCUUCUUUGCCACGGAUAAGAAGACAGGGAGAGUCAAGGGGGUUUAUACAGUCUCCAAGGAUGGAGCUAUCUUUACAUGGAAUUUGGUGGAAGGAAAUGAGGAAAAUGAUACUUCACCUCCGCCAUCACCAGGGACGCCAGAGCAGGGGUCAGAACAGAAUGAUGUCAUGGAACUGGAUGAUGGGAGCAGGAAAAGGAAGAUUUUAGGAGAAUUGGAGGAACCAGACACUAAGCUGCAUUUGGCAAAAUGGGAGCUGCGGGAAAAGCAUUUCUUCAUGCAGUCACCGGCUAAGUUAACAGCAUGUGAUUACCACUGGGAGCUUGACAUGGUGGUGGUUGGAUUCUCUAGUGGAGUAUUUGGGCUGUACCAGAUGCCAGACUUUGUGUGCCUCCACUUGCUGUCAAUAUCAAGAGAGAAGAUCACCACUGCUAUUUUCAACAGUUUGGGGAAUUGGCUUGUCUUUGGAUGCGCCAAACUUGGGCAGCUUCUGGUGUGGGAGUGGCGGUCGGAGAGCUACAUUUUGAAACAUCAGGGACACUACUUUGAUGUGAAUUGCAUUGCGUACUCACCAGAUUCUCAGUUAUUGGCCACUGGAGCUGAUGAUAACAAAGUCAAGGUCUGGACAGUUUCAUCUGGGUUCUGUUUCAUAACAUUUUCGGAGCAUACAAAUGCUGUUACUGCAGUUCAUUUUAUGGCCAAUAACCAUUCUCUUCUAAGUGCCUCACUUGACGGGACUAUUCGAGCAUGGGAUUUGUUCCGCUAUCGCAACUUCAGAACAUUUACCACCCCUUCACCUAGGCAGUUUGUUUCUUUAACCGCAGACCAGAGUGGAGAAGUAAUAUGUGCUGGAACACUUGAUUCAUUUGAGAUAUUUGUUUGGUCAAUGAAAACUGGUCGAUUGUUGGAUGUACUCAGUGGCCACGAAGGACCAGUGCAUGGUCUAAUGUUUUCUCCAAUCAAUGCUAUUCUGGCUUCAUCAUCAUGGGACAAAACUGUUCGCCUUUGGGAUGUCUUUGAGAGCAAGGGUGCAGUGGAAACCUUUCAGCACUCACACGAUGUUCUUACUUUAACUUAUCGACCCGAUGGAAGGCAGAUAGCAUGCAGUACUUUAGAUGGCCUAAUCCAUUUCUGGGAUCCAUCUGAUGGUUUGUUGAUGUAUACCAUUGAGGGCCGCAGGGAUAUUGCUGGGGGUCGCCUCAUGACUGACAGGAGAUCUGCAGCUAAUACAAGUAUAGGAAAGUACUUCACAACGUUGUGCUAUUCUGCUGAUGGAAGUUCUAUUUUAGCUGGAGGAAACACUAAAUAUAUUUGCAUGUAUGAUGUUGGAGAACAGGUGCUGUUGCGUAGAUUCCAGAUCACUCGCAAUCUCUCAUUGGAUGGAGUUCUUGAUUUUCUGAACUCAAAGAAGAUGACAGAUGCUGGUGCACUAGAUCUAAUUGAUGAUGAAGACAGUGAUGUUGAAGAAGGAAUUGAUCGACAGACUAGAGGAAACCUAGGGCUUGGUUUACCUGGAUCAAUGGCAAAUCGUGGAAGACCCAUAGCUCGGACAAAAUGUGUUAAGUUUGCUCCAACUGGAAGAUCGUUUGCUGCAGCGACCACUGAUGGUGUUUUAUUGUACUCAGUUGAUGAAUCAUUUAUUUUUGAUCCAACGGACCUUGACAUUGAUGUUACGCCUGAGAAAGUAGAGGAAGCUCUUGCAGAAAACCAACAGCAGAGAGCCCUUAUACUUAGCCUUCGGUUAAAUGAGGACUCCUUGAUUAAGAAGUGCAUAUUCGCAGUUGAUCCAUCCGAUGUAAGAGCAAUUUGUUCAGCAAUUCCUUACAAGUAUCUCCAAAGAUUGAUUGAUGCUUUUGCUGGUCUCUUGGAAAGUUGUCCCCAUCUGGAAUUUAUCCUCCUGUGGUCUCAGGAGCUAUGUAAGGUCCAUGGCCACUAUAUUCAACAGAACUCCAGAACUUUGCUUCCUUCUCUGAAAUCACUGCAGAAGUCUAUAACAAGACUACAUCAGGAUUUGGCAGACACUUGCUCUUCUAAUGAGUACUUGUUGAAAUAUCUGUGCACUGCUGGUACAAAGAAUUAG